AUGCAUCGUCGCCCACUCACUCGUGUCGCCCGAAGCUCGUCCAGCCGCGCCAAGCCGCUGCCGGCCGCUGCCGCGCCAAGGAGUGCCGUCCAACCCGGGGAGGAGAGGGGGCCCUGCGGUGUCACGGUCGCACGUCUCCAAACCGGUUUUCCGCCCGCUGCGUCUGGAACAUCUCCACGUCAGGCGGCUUUAUUUGUUUUUUCGUGGUGUCUCUUCGAGGGACGCCCAUCCCGCCGAGCCGCGCGUCGGCGUCGCCCCCACCCGCCAUCAUGCUGUCCUGUCCUGUCCCCGCGGCCGGGGUUCUUGGGGCAAUGCGGGGGCAAAAGCAGAGGGUGA